CACUGAAGACGUCAAAACCGACAAGUUCAAAAAAGUCGCCCGUCUCGCCGGUUACUAAGAAUUGCUGAGAACUCCGAUUUACGAUAUUCCCAUCACACGGGCUGAAACAUCCGGUGAAAUUAGUCCACGGUUUUACAGUCGUAGGGACUGUAGAACGUAAGAAUUUCGAAGUAAACCUAAACUUCAACGGAGGCGGCUUCGCGGAAACGGAGUGGUGUCCGUUUCCCUGCGACUUGUUUUACGAUGGACCAGUUGAGGUGGCGAACACCGAGCAAGAUGAAGAGUUACGACGGCUCCUCGAUAAUCAGUCCGAGGUUGUACCUGACUCCGGUCAAGCAAAACGAGAUCCGCCCUAGGCGUACGGCGUAUCAGAACAACGCCGGAUGCUUAACCGUUCUGCCGAGUUACCUCACCCCGCCAUCCGGUUUGACGAAGAUCAUCAGGAGAAAUCCGUUCGAGGCCGACUUGACCAAUAGAUUACACCUGCCCAUGAUCAGUCCAACCAUAUUUGCCAAGGUCUCCAACUCUUUGGUUCAGCAGCGAUCACCGGAAGGAUUUCGAUGGAGCAUAGAUGAAUUGGCUCGGAUACAGCCAGCAAAGAUAGAAGAGUCUCCUGUACAGCUGGUUUGCUCCCCGGAUCCUGAGGUGGAAUUGCGUGCCCAGGCAGCUAUAGAUCGGUUUUUCAAGGAGAAUCAGAUCAUUCCCAGUCCUUGGCAAAUUAAAGAGAAGAUGAGUAAACCAUAUAUUGACGUCGAUACUCCUUGCAGGACUGCGGAUGAUAUGAAUUCUACUAAGGAGUUCUUAAAGUCGAGAAAGGAAGCAUGGACUCAGACAGUACUGUCCUUACCCGUGAAUCUACCACAAGAUGUUGAAGAUGCUUUGAAAUCCUUCUAUACAUUCACGCAGGAACAAAAUGCAGACAACGAGGACAUAAAUUUAAGUAACAAUUCGCUGAGAAGGAAGCUCUUUUUUAAUCACGAGUAUACCGACGACGACGAAAGCGUUGCCUCUCUUUCAUCGGUUGAAAUGAACGGAUCCAUGGUCUUGUCCGGCAGCCCUCCCCAAAGUGGAAUGUUUAUUCAUGGAUCAUUGAAAGGGUCGUUAAAAAAUCGGCGAUACAGCAACAGAUCUGUGAGCUUAUCGCCACCUUACAUGUCACCGAUACGUAAUGAGAACGGUAUGUUGUGUAAGAAAAUCAGACGCCGUUCACGUUCGAUCACACGACUAGACUUCGUAACGGAUAUGAGUAUAGAUAGUGAAAAUACAGAGGAGAGCCAAAACUUGCACGAUAAUGAUUUGUCAGGUAUAUUCCGAGAUACCAAUGUGGAAGGUGCAGAGGAUAAUCGGAAAAUUGCAAUUGUAAAUAACAGUCAAGCCGAUUUAUACAAUUUCGCUGAUACGGAGACCCCGAAAUAUGAAAAUCCAUUUGGCAAUAUCGUACAGAUCAAGUCCGACGUGUCAGGCGACAAAGGUCGUAAUGACGCUACUGGCUCGACGACUGCGAUUGAAAUGGAGAAACAUUCCAUGUACAAGAGUCACAAGCAGAGCAACACGAUGUUCAGCACAUUCGACCCAUUGUGUAUCUCGAGUUCAGUGCAAGACACCGGCUAUCAAACUUACAAUACGAGUAGCACAGUGCACACAAUAGACAGCUACAGUAUCUCGACGCAAAAUCACACAGAUCAGGCGGCAGAACAAACAUCCAAGGAUGAUGCUCACCUGUCUUGGAAGGAGGAUAUGCGAAACGUAUUUAGUUCUACGCCCUCUAAAUACAGGAAAGAAAAGGAAAGCUGAUGACAGUCGAGAUUUACAGGCUAAAUGUGAUAAAACAAUUGAACUGCAAGACUUGAGAUUAUCAAUCGUCAUAGUGAAUUUUAGUAAGAAAUAGUAAAAGUCAAAACUUUUACAUCCAUCUUUUGUAUAAGUAAUAAUAGAUAUUAAGCAGUAUUGCAGAAAGUCUGAAUUUAAUGUACAUAACGUUGUCUCUGCUGUCUUCCUGUCAAUUUGGUGCCUUUUAAAAUGAAUCUAAUUCGAAUUGGAUCUAUAAAUAAUCGAACAUCAAUAAAGCACAUGUGCCUUGUCCUAAAUCUUGUAAUAGUUGACACAUCUAUUGUAUAGAUGAUAUUUUGUCGAGAUAUCCUUUUUUUUUAUACGUGAAGUUUCAUCAAGAAUACUUGUUUUGCUCCGACUGGUAAAUUUUGUAAAACAUUUUUCAACAAUAUUUAUAUAUCUCUGAAAUUUAAUGUAAAAUUCUAAUAUAGUCUUUUCUCAUGAGAAAUAUUUUUUUUCAUAUACAAUCUGGUCGAAUGGAAUCUUCUCGUAAGAGAUGUCUUAUUUAUUCUCUUACUAUUUAAGCCUGCAAUAAUAUUUAUAGCAGAAAUAUUUUAUAAAAAUGCUUUGUCUUUAUAUCUUUUAUACACUUGUAUAACUUUUGUCGAUGUAUUAAAUAUACCAC